AUGGAGAUGGAAGAUAAUGAAACUAUUGGUGUCUUGAUAGAGAAUAGCGAUAACACCACUUCUCUAGAAGCUAGGAGUGGAAAGGACAUCCAAGGUAUAACUUGGAAAACAGAAACAUCGGAUUAUAAAAGUCGUGAUGAAUUUAGACGAUUUAGGUUAGAACGUCUCUGGAUCGUGGAACCUCGACCCUUAAUAGUGGAACAAGCCAAGCAGGGAUGCCAGCCAACACUGAAAGGAGGGAUCUAUUAUGACUAUUUUAAAUACAAUAACUGUUUGAUGCCAUUUAAACAAGAUUACUCCCCGGUAAUUCUUUACUUUUAA